CGCUUCGCCCUUUUUUUUCAGCAAUUUUUUUCUUUGUUCUUUUUGUUUCUAUAAAUCAUUAAUAUCUGUACCUUCCUUCUUUCACAUAGUCAAGGUCUCCUUUCCUCCAAAUCCCCAAACUCUCGAUUCGCUUAUUUCCCCUCUAUGAAGUUAACACCCGCUAUCAUCGCCUCUCAAGCUGGUGCUGCUGGGACAGAUAUCCAACAGCUCAAGGAGAUCAAUUUGUCAAAGAAAGGCAUCAAUCAUAUUGAAGACAUUUCCGUAUGUAUCAAUCUUCAUAAGCUCAAUCUAUCCAACAACAACCUUUCCUCACCAGAUGCUAUCUCCGGUCUCCAAUAUCUCCCAUCUCUCACCUUGCUCAACCUCAGUGGAAACCAACUCGAUUCUUUCGAAGGUCUUCAACGGCUUUCGACACUCUUUGUUUUAAAUUUGUCCCAUAAUGAAUUGAAUCGUAUCUCUAUCCACAUUGAGAAAUUGACUCAACUUAAAGCUUUGGUUCUCAACAACAACAAAAUUAAAGUCGUUGACCAUCUGGGUGGAUUACUCGAUCUCAAUACCAUCGUCCUCUCUCAUAACCGUAUUCAGCAACUACCCUCGUUCCCCAAACUUGAGAAAUUGACAAAACUUUCUGCAGCCCAUAAUGAGAUUCGUCAGAUCCCUGAUUUAUCAGAUAACCCCUUGUUGAAAGAAUUGAGAUUGAACCAUAACAAACUCGUCACCAUUCCUGAUACCCUCCGUCGUUGUGUUGCCUUGGACAUCCUGGAUUUGGGUCAUAACCUUUUGAGAGACUGGAGCGACGUGGCCGCCUUGGGAUCCUUGAUGAAAUUGACCAAUUUGAGUCUCCAGGGGAAUCCUAUUUGUCAAAAGCCAGAUUAUAAAGAGAAGAUUUUAGAGCUUGUGCCAUCACUAAGAGUAUUGGAUGGUGAACGUUUUGAUCCAAAGUUCCUUCAGAUCAAAGCCAAGCGUGCAGAGCACAAGGAGAUGGUUGAAAAGAUGAAGAAAAAGAAGGAGGACUUGGAGAAGAAGAAGAUGCUCAAAAAAAUCAAACGUGGUGAGAUUGAUCCAGAGGCUGUUGAUAAGGAAGUCCUUGCAGAAGCAGAACAGUUUGAGCGGCUGAAAAAGAAGAAGAAAACAUCAAAAGCGGAAGAUGAUGUCGAUAGCGGCGAUGACGACAACAGCAACAGAAAGAAGGAGAAGAAGGAGAAGAAGGAGAAGAAGGAGAAGAAGGAGAGAAAGGAUAAGAUGGAUAAAAAAGAAAAGAAGACGCAAAAGAUGGAAAAGGAAAAGGAAAAGGAAGGCAAGGAAGAUAAAAAGUCUAAAUCUUUGAAGCGGUCAAGAGAUGCAAACGAGGACGACACGGGCUCGAAUGCUGGGGGCGCUAAGAAAAGAAAGUCAACAUUGUCAUCCGUCUUCAAGGGCAAUGGACCUCGUCCGCUCAGCGCCCUCGUACCAUCGCUUCCAACGUCCUCUGUUGUUGACAGCGAGGGCGAUGUGGACAUGGAGAAUGGCAGGGGCAAAGUAAAGAGAGCAGGAUCAAAUAAUGAGACCAAGAAGGAUGCAAAGAAGGCUGUCAAGAAAGAGGCCAAGAAAGAAAAGACAGCUGCUCUACUGGAAAAGAAGAAAACCGAGCGCGACGAGAAGAAGAUGAAGAAGAAGGACAAGGAAAAGUCGGAAUCUACUGCACUGGAAGGAGACUCAUUCUUUGUAAGGCCUACAGAAGAAGAAGUCAAGAUCAAGAAGGCUAAGCUCGAGAAGGCUACUCAGGCUGCUGCCGCCGGCUCAGCAACAACAACAACAACAAGCACUACAGCAAAGGCUACCAUCCCAACUACCAUCAACGCUCCCGGUAUUAAUACUACUGCUUCCGCUGCAACCGACAAACCUAUGCGUGGACUGGAUCCUGCGGAGAGUGCAAAGGCACGAUCAGGUGUUGUGGCCGUUGUUGACAAGUCUGCACAGCUGGCCAAAAAGAACAAGAAGCCUAGCUUUGAUAUUACGGCGCUCGAGGCAGAUGCAGAUCCAUUUGGUGGAGGAAAAGUCUCUGGAUGGGAUUAGAUCUAUUAGACCGGGCGUUCAAAUCAAUAUUUUCAUUUUUUGUAUUUUUUGAUCCAUACCAUAGUAUCUCUUUCUUCAUUUUGCAUCUUCAAACAUUACUUAAUGAAAACUCAUCGUCCUCCGUAUGCGGAGGAAAAUUUUG